UUUUACGCACGCACACAGACGUACGUCUUUUAGCUCGUCUGCCUGCGCCCGACCUGCGGUAACUUUUACGUGGACGUGAGACGUCUCUCACUCUCUCUCUCUCUCUCUCUCUUUAUCUGUGUAUCUUUCUCUUUCUCGCUGUACGAAAAGGAGCGAAAAUCCUGUGCCAACUUGGUGCGUGCGUGGGCAAAGCGCGAGACAUUUAGAAAAGCCAGAGCAGCAGCAACGUCGUGUUGUGACGAACGCUUCGUUUAUAUAAGCCUCGAGCACACGCGUUAACAAAAAAAUCAAAUACACACACACGCUCACGAUGCUGGCGACGAUUGCACGAGGUGUUUGCGCAAAACGAUCCUUUUCCACGUCGAAAUGGGCAGCUGCACAGCAGAUGACUGUAAGAGAUGCCCUCAAUUCAGCAAUGGACGAGGAAAUGGAACGAGACGAAAGAGUUUUUAUUAUGGGUGAAGAAGUUGCCCAAUACGAUGGAGCUUACAAAGUCUCUAGGGGUCUAUUAAAAAAAUAUGGUGAAAAGAGAGUUAUAGAUACUCCAAUCACUGAAUCUGGCUUUGCUGGUAUGACAGUUGGUGCAGCUUUUGCUGGCCUUCGACCUAUCUGCGAAUUUAUGACUUUCAAUUUUGCCAUGCAAGCUAUUGAUCAAAUUAUCAACUCAGCUGCCAAGACUUUUUACAUGUCUGCAGGUAAAGUGAAUGUUCCAAUUGUUUUUCGAGGACCUAACGGAGCAGCUGCUGGAGUAGCAGCCCAACAUUCACAAUGUUUUGGGGCAUGGUAUGCUCAUUGUCCAGGCUUGAAGGUUAUUUCUCCUUACAAUAGUGAGGACUGCAGAGGCCUCAUGAAGGCAGCUAUUCGUGACCCUGACCCAGUUGUCUUUUUAGAAAAUGAAUUGCUAUAUGGUGUUCAGUAUCCAGUAUCAGAUGAAGCACUAUCAAAAGAUUUUGUUCUUCCCAUUGGUAAAGCAAAAAUUGAACGAGCUGGCAAACAUAUUACACUAGUCGCACAUUCCAAGGCAGUUGAAUUGUGCCUAGAAGCAGCUAAUACUCUGGCAGGUAAAGGAGUUGAAGCUGAGGUCAUCAAUUUAAGAUCAUUGAGGCCACUUGAUAUGGAUACUGUUAUCAAGUCUCUUGUCAAGACUCACCAUAUUGUAACAGUUGAGCAAGGCUGGCCUACAUGUGGUAUUGGUGCUGAAAUUGCAGCAAGAAUUAUGGAAUCUGAUGCUUUCUACCAACUGGAUGCACCAGUCAUCAGAGUCACUGGUGCAGAUGUUCCAAUGCCUUAUACAAAGUCAUUGGAAGCUCUAGCUUUACCAACACCACAAGAUAUUGUUUCGGCAACAAACAAAGUUUUAGGAAUCGAAAAGUAGUUACCCACCAAUAACAGAUGCAGAAAAAUUAUUUCUCAGUAAUCGUGUCAGUUUCCUGUUCUUCACCAAGUUUAAUUUUCGCUUCCUUUCUACCAAUUUUUGCUCUCAAAUUAUUCGAGUUUUCUCGUCUUGCCUUUUUGUUUUUAUUUUGCUUUCUAUUCCACUCAUGGAAAGCUUCUUGUACAAACGUAAUCACUGACGAAAAAGGUUACACGAUAGAGAAAAAAAGAGGAACUUGCACGAAAAUCUGUGAACUAGUUAUAAAAUUAGAAACAAUUAUGAAAAUAUUUUGAAUCACGAAACGAAAAAGAGAACUCAAUGAGCUACGAGGUCGAUUAUCUAACGACACUGUUAUAGAUAUUGUAAUCGUAUUUUGCGAAUCUAUUUGAAAAAUAACUAAUUUGAUCCACUUUUAACGCGGUAUUAUAUUUAUACUCAUGGGAUCUGAAAAUUCUAUUGGACGAUUUUCGUUGGUUAAAUUAUUGACGGUUUUAAUUUACAAACGUUAAAAAUUGAAAUCUAUUUUAUAAAUUUUGUGCUUAAACAAAUUGAAAACUAUACGGAUGAUAAUUCACCAUUUGUUAAAGCUGUAAAUUCGUUUGUAAGAAUUAGAUCUGUCUAUCUUAUGCAAAAUAAUUUUUGAAUCAUUUUAAUGAUUUUUUAUGAAUAUUUUAAAUUUUAAUAUGAUAAUUAUUUGAUUCAUAUGUUUUUUUGCCAUUUGACAUGUAGAAUAAUGAAAUUGUUAUAAUGGUCCAGUAGUACCAAAAAGUAAUUAUGUUACCAUUUUCGAUUCGUUGGAGACGAGGUUAUUGUAAAUGCCGAUGUUAAGCAAUCAUGUAAAUUUAUAGGAAUGAAAUCGGCAUAUAAUGAGCUCAAAAUAAUGUUCUUGAGCUGCAUUUGUUUAUUAUUUAUUACAUAAAAAUGAAAAUAAACUGUAAUAUACAAAC